GCUGAUGACGUCAAACUGGCCUCGUUUUGAAUGGAUUUGGCGCGAAGGAGGUGUGGAAUAAUGGAAUGCGGCGUCGCCAUGGGUACGGGUGACACACCAUAAUAAUAAUAAUAUAUACUUGGGGCUGAUAAAAUUCAAAUCCAAUCGAGGAAUAAAUUACACUUCUCAUGCUAUGUCGCAGAGAAAUAUCAGCAGACCCGUUUCGAGAGUGGGCGCCGACGAGAGGCCUCGAACGCGUUGGACACGUGAGGAACGACCGCUCACAAGGAGUUUGGCCGAGGAUAGACCGAGUAUUCCUGACGCCAUGCGGAGGGGAUCAGCAGCGAUGUCAGCGACUAAUAGUGAGGACGUGUUUUCUAGGCCGAUUUCUAGAAGAGGAGCAAAAGAGUCAGACAGACAGAUGUCUGCCGUUCCAACAGACCGGCCUAUGACAGGAAUUGUAAGACCACCCUCGACAACUGUCAUUAAGGGAACAGGGCUUAAGCCCAUUGGAACAGGCGCUGCUGGAGUUUCCCAUCGGCAGGUUCAGGAUCGGUCAUAUUUCAUGGGUCUUAUAAGAUCUGCUAUGGGAGAGCUAACAAGCGAGAUUUCAAAGCUGAAAGGCCAGAGCGAAGAAAUAAAAGCGGAAAAGGCUGCCUCUCAGGUGUUUGAGAAAAGGGUCCGAGAAUUAGCAGAGGAGUUGACUGGUUUGCAAGAGCAACUCUCGGACUAUAACUUGCUAGUGGACAGACUAAACACGGGAGCUGAAGUGUCGGACGUGAAUUUGGAAAUCGCAGAUGUAGCGCACGAAAGCGAAAAAAUUUCUAAAGAGGUGGAGUCCCUGUUUGCCAAGAAGCAAACCCUUGAGGAUGAGUCCAACGAACUGAAGGAAAAACUAAAACAGGAGCAGCACAUAACUGAAAAAUUGGUCUUGCAACUGGACAUGGCAGGUCAAGAAAAAUUCGCUAGACUGCAGCUAAAUACAACUAAACUAGACGCCAAGGCAGACGAGCUGCAGUCACAAUUAGACGCCAUGAACGCCGAAAUGAAAGAAUUAGAAGAGAAAAUAGCGCAAUCCGAGAUCCACAAGGAGUCGCUGCGGCUGCAACGACGUCUGCACGAUCUAACUGUCCGCAGGGACGCUUUAGCCGAGGAGGAGCGCAACCGACAAUCACCAGGCCAGCAAAGGGACUCUUUGCUGGCAGCUGUUAAGUCACACAACGCAGAGCUUGCCGCUUUGGAUGCACAGAGCGAGAGAGAAAAACAAGCCAUCCUCGUCCUGCAGAACAGCAUCUCGCAAGCAACACAGGCACUGGAACAAAACAACUCCGACCGGACGUCGCAGUACUCAGAACUGAAGAAGAAAGAGGCAGCCAUCGAGGAAUUUCUGUCUGGGUUUGAGCUGGCAAUGCAACAAGAACAAGCGAGACGAAACGAAUUGGAGAAAGAGGUCGUCACCGCACUCCAAGCUUAUUCAGCCCUGUUGGAAAAAACACAAAAUUUGCCAAGUCUUGAGGCCUACGGUGAGUUAAAGGAGCAGCUUGGAUUGAAGGAGGGCGAAGUUGAAAAGGCUAAAUUCACUACGCAAGGGUUAAACCAACAGGAGGCGCACCUCAAGUCACAAAUGACCAGAGUGUUGGAGUUGGAGGAAAAGGUGACGAGAGAAACAGAUAAUUUGCGGUCCAAGAUGAAGGAAAUGGAGACCGAGCAACUGAGGUUGUCUGACCUGCCAGGGUUGAGGGGAAAGGAGGAGGAGCGUAAGAAGCAGUUGGAGAUUCAGAAGAAUCAGGCCCAAAAAGAGAUGCAAGAAAAGCAGCUGCUCUUAAAGAGCGCCAGAGAAAAAUAUAUUUCCUUGGAGAAAGCACUAUUAGAGAACGAUGUGUGGACCCAGUUAAAUCAUCUAGAGCACAAGUGGAGCCAAGCAGCGCAAAACAAUCAGGCAUUGACCGACUACAUCACGGCACACCAAACGCAGUCAGAUUAUAAAUCUAUCAAAGACAGGGCAAUGAAUAUGGUGGAACAGUACAAUCAGUUCCUUAAAACGGCGCAAAUAAGGCCAAAUAAUUAAUAUAUUUACGUGGAUAUUUUUUAAAUUUGUGUCUUCUAGAAAUUACAAUAAUUUAAGUCUUAUAUAUCUUUUACCAAAAUAUUUAGAGUGCUUUUACCUCUGAUAGACUGAAAAUAAAUUAAUAAACAAUACAUUAGCGUAUUGUGUUGGAGACACCUCUA